UGGACAUCAUAAGUCACUCUAGCCUACUGCUGAUUACUGGAUUUAAUGAAAAUGAAGAGUCUACUUCUGGUCUGCUGCUUGGUCGUAGUGGUGGUGGCGAGACCCAGUGACAAAUACACUGACAAAUAUGACAACUUGGACAUCCAAGAAAUUCUAGAAAACAAACGCUUGUUAGAAGCUUAUGUUAAUUGUGUAUUGGAUAAGGGUAAAUGCACAGCUGAAGGAAAGGAAUUGAAGGAACACCUACAGGAGGCUAUCGAAACGGGCUGUGAAAAAUGUACUGAGGCUCAAGAAAAAGGUGCAUACAAAGCUAUUGAGUAUUUGAUAAAGAACGAACUUCAGAUUUGGCACAAACUAACAGACAAGUUUGAUCCUUCUGGUAAAUAUAGGAAGAUGUAUGAAGACCGCGCCAAGGCCAACGGUAUAGUCAUUCCUGAAGAAAGACUGAUGUCUAGAAUAGGUCUUAAAACCUGUCAUACAGGUCAACAGUGCCCCAUACCGACAACUUGGAGAAUGAAAUUGAUAUUAAUAUCGACUAUAGCGCUCGGUAUUGUGACGUUGGCACUGGCAGAAGAACGUCAAUAUACGGAUAGAUAUGACAAUAUUAAUAUAGAUGAGAUUAUAAAUAAUCGUAGACUAUUGGUUCCUUAUAUAAAGUGCAUUUUGGAAACGGGACGUUGCACUGCCGAAGGGAAAGAGCUUAAAAACCACAUAAAAGAUGCUAUGCAAACAGCAUGCUCAAAAUGUACUCAAUGGCAGAGAAAGGGCGCUAGAAAAGUCGUUAAACACAUUAGAGAGAAUGAGACGGAAUACUGGCAGAAAAUGUUAAGUAAAUAUGAUCCCAAAGGCGAAUACAAAAGUAUUUAUGAACCGUUUUUAGAAUCUGACGACUAA